UCAUCAACACAAAACCAUAACAGAACAAACAAUGACAACCCAACGCUUUCACUACCUCCUCCUCUCCCUCUUCCUCUUCGCAGCCGCAUUCUCCGCCGCCCAAGACCAGGCCCCGGCCCCCGCCUACGACGCCGACGCCGACGCCGACUUCAUCCGCACCAGCUGCAACACCACGCUCUACCCAGACGUCUGCUACACCUCCCUCUCCCGCUACGCCAAUGCGGUGCAGCAAAACCCCGCCCAGCUGGCGCGCGUCGCCAUCGCCGUCAGCCUCGCCAAGGUCCACCGCGCCGCCUCCCACCUCUCCAACCUCACGCGCGACGCCGACUACGCCGCCACCGCGCGCGCCGCCCUCGCCCUCCGCGACUGCUUCUCCAACCUCGGCGACGCCGCCGACGAAAUCCGCGGGUCUCUGAAGCAGAUGCGGCAGAUUGGAGCCGCCGGCAGCGGCGGCGCCUCGUUCCUCUUCCAGAUGAGCAACGUGCAGACGUGGAUGAGCGCAGCCCUGACCGACGAGGAGACGUGUACGGAGGGAUUCCAGGACGUUGCGGACUGUCCCGUGAAAACGGAUGUAUGCGAUCGCGUGAGCAGUGUUAAGAAGUUGACGAGCAAUGCCUUGGCGCUCGUCAAUUCCUACGCCAACAAAGGAAUGCCUUGAUUUCGUUAGCUUCUGUUAACUCGUGAGUUGUCUUCAAUGUAAAGAAAGAAGUUGCUGUCUGUCACGCAUCGCAUCACUUCACGUGACGGGAUGGAGCAGAUUAUAUUGUAGAUAAAUGUUUCCUGUCUAGUGUUUAUUAAUUCUUCUUAUUCAUGCUUUCAGCAAAUAUUUUUCUUUUUUAGCUUUCUAACUGUGUUUUAUCAAUUAAUGUUUCUUUUCUCUCUUGUUAAAACAAUACUUGUAAAUUUUUCAGGAUUUUUUCUCCCUACUUUUUUCUUUUUAGAUUAUUAAUUUGUUGGUAACUCACUUAGAUUCUUUCACUUGCUUUUGCUUGCAAUAAUAUAUGGUUGGUGGAGUAGCAAUA